UUUAACCCCCUUCCCUCCCCGUCCUCCACCCGCCGAUUCCACCAAACACAGAAACAAAGAGAAAGAAAAAGGAGGCGCCUCCCGUCCACCUUCUCUCUGGCUCUCGCCUUCGUCCGGAAGAGGAGGGCGGCGCUCGCGUCACUGUCCGAUCCCCUCUCCAUCUACUCGCGGCUCCCCGCGCUCUUCCUCUCCAGGCGAUAUAGAGAGAAAUUUUAAUGGCUUCAACCAGGAAAUCGAGAAAUGUGAACAAGCGAUUUAAAGUUUUCGAAGACUGGUCUGAGAAGGAUGAGACACCUCCAAAGAAAAGUCGAACACGAAAGAGGAAGUUGUCUGACAUGUUAGGUCCUCAAUGGAGCAAAGAAGAACUUGAGCGCUUCUACGAAGCUUAUCGUAAAUAUGGGAAAGAUUGGAGAAAGGUUUCUGGUACUAUACCUAACAGAUCAUCAGAAAUGGUGGAAGCUCUUUACAACAUGAAUAAAGCAUAUUUAUCUCUUCCAGAAGGAACGGCUACUGCAGCUGGGCUAAUUGCAAUGAUGACUGAUCACCACAACAUUCUGCAGGAAGGAAAUGAGAGUGAUCCAGAAAGCAAUGAUGUUGCAAAAGCAUCUCAAAAGACUCAAAAGCGUGGUCGGGGAAAAUUUCGACUUAUAUCCAAGGGUUCUGAUGGGUGCUCUCUUGAUAGGUCACAAUAUCAAUCAGCUUCAUCAAGAUAUGGAUGCCUAUCUUUGUUGAAGAAGAAGCGUUCUGGAGAUUUAUUUCUGGGAAAUCAACCUCGUGCUGUUGGGAAAAGGACUCCUCGCAUCCCUGUUUCAAAUGCAAAUAUGUACAGCAAAGACGACAAAGAAAAAUCAGCAUUUUUAAUUAAACAGCCUUCAAAAUCUGAGGUAAAUGCUGUUGAUGAUGAAGGUGCCCAUGUUGCAGCAUUGGCUUUAGCAGAGGUUCUGCAAAGAGGCGGCUCACCACAGGUUUCUCGAACACCUGAAAACAGAGUUGAUCACAUAAGGUCCUCUCCUGUUAAAAGUAGUGAACAAAAGAGUGUUGAACUGGAGAUUGAUAGGUCAAAGUUAUUAAGUCAAAUGGAUGGCGAUUGUCAUGAAAAUAGUCUAGGGAGUAGGGAAGCUGAGAAUGGAGUAUUCGCUAGAGAUGGUAAUGAAGGUUCUGGAGCAGUUGAAGCUCCAAAAAGGGUGAAGAAACGCCAAGGAAAGAGGCCAAGAACUUCUAAUGCUGAAAGCUUUCAAAUUGAUGAUGAUAGGGAAGCAUGCAGUGGUACCGAGGAAGGAUCAAGUGUUCGAAAAAUUAAAGAUGAAACUGACUUGGAGGUCAAAGUCAGUAAAACUACUCGUGGAUCUAUUGGUUCAAGAAAAAGAAGCCGUCAACUCUUUUUUGGAGAUGAGAACUCUGCCCUGGAUGCUCUGCAGACACUAGCUGAUUUGUCCGUUAACAUCUUGCUUCCUUUAUCUGUUGUUGAGUCUGAAUCAUCAGCCCAGGUCAAAGAAGAACAGGCAAAUGUUGAUACUGAUGAGAAGCCUAAUAUACCUGAAUCAUUGCCAUUAAAUUACCAAAGAGAUAAGCCUAAAGUUCCCGGGAAAAAGGAGAGAAGGCAUUCUACUAGUGUUGGUUCUGAUAUACUUUCCAGGAAAAGUUCUAAAGUUGUCAAGGGAUUGCAACAUGAUGCAAAAGUUAUUGCUGAAAUGAAUCAGCAAGCUUGUGCAUGUAUUGGUAUGACAGAAAAAAGAAAAGGGAAAUCUUUGUCUAGGAAGAUACCAAAAUCUGAGUUCUGCAGUGAGACUCAAAAAAGUGAAUCACAUAAGAUGGAGGUCUUUGCUGAAGAAGGGAAACGAUCCACUGCGAAGGUUAAACAUGUUACUGAAGUUAGUCUGUUGCUCAGGCAAGGAAAGUUUAUUAAACAACCAGAGAACUCAUCUUCUACAACUGAUCCUGAAAGAGCACUGACAGAUUUAAGUGAAACAACUCUUUGUGAUGGAAUCGAAAACCAAGUUAAUUUGCUUACUAAGCAUAGAAGCCGUCGUAAGAUAUGCCUGCAGAAAGCACUGGCCUGGAAGGAUUUCAAAUCUGAUGUUGUGGGAGAUGAUCGUCCUGGACACUCUAGUGCAGUCAACAGGAUGAUUGAGAAGGGAAAGCUUUCUCACUGCCUAUCAUCUAAACUGUUGCGCCGGUGGUGUAUGUUUGAGUGGUUUUAUAGUGCAAUUGACUCUCCUUGGUUUGCCAAAAGUGAGUUUGUAGAGUACUUGAAUCAUGUCAGGUUGGCCCACAUACCUAGACUAACUCGUGUGGAGUGGGGUGUUAUACGAAGUUCUCUUGGAAAGCCACGUCGAUUAUCAAAGCAAUUCUUAAAGGAAGAACGAGAGAAGCUCGAGCAGUAUCGAGAAUCAGUUAGGGCACAUUAUGCUGAGCUUCGAGCUGGCCUUAAAGAAGGCCUCCCAAGAGAUCUGGCUCUUCCUUUGUCAGUUGGACAACGUGUUAUUGCUUGUCACCCUAAAACAAGAGAACUUCACAAUGGAAGUAUUCUCACUGUUGACCGUAGUAGGUGCAGGGUUCAAUUUGAUCAGCCUGAAUUAGGGGUUGAGUUUGUAAUGGAUAUUGACUCUGCGCCACUAUAUCCAUUUGAUAAUAUUCCUGAAACUUUUAGACCACAGGACAGUGUUCUCAACAGAUACUGCAACAGCUUUAAAGAUAUGAAGUUAGAAGAUGGUCUGAAGGACUGGAGAACUGGAAGUUCUACGAGACUUGCUCCUAAUGAGAGUUUCAACAUUGCAGAUGGGAGUUAUCAAAUGCAUACAUUAAUGAAGCAGGCAAAGGUGGAUUCGAUAGAUGCCAUCGCACAAGCUAAAGCUACUGUAAUUCAAGUUGCAGCUGCUGCUCAGCAGGCAAUGUGCAAUCAACCUUGUACACUAUCACAAAUUCAGGAAAAAGAAGCUGAUAUAAAGGCUCUUGCUGAGUUAUCUCGUGCUCUUGAUAAAAAGGAAGCUUUGUUGAUAGAACUGAGGAAUAUGAAUGGAGAAGUAUCAGAAAAGCAAAAGGAUGGUGAUCCCAUAAAAGAUAUGGAGCAUUUCAGAAAGCAGUAUGCAAUGGUGCUUGUUCAACUACGAGAUGCUAAUGAUCAGGUUGCUCUUGCCUUGCUCUCUUUAAGACAGCGUAACACAUACCAUAAUAAUUCAACACAUCCAUGGAAUAGGCCAAUGGAAAAUUCAAGAGUACCUGUUGGACCUUCAGAAUUGUUCAAUCCAUCUGCUGUACUCAAUCAGGAUUUGGGAUCUCAUGUAGUGGAAAUUACUUGUAGGCAAAAAGCAAGGACAAUGGUUGAUGCUGCUGUGCAGGCAAUGUGCACACUGAAGGAAGGAGAAGAUGCUUUUACUAAAAUAGGACAGGCUUUAGAUUUGGCAAAUAAUCGCAGUUCUGGUUCUGGUUCUUGUAUGUUGGGAGUACAUGGGGCUCCUAAUCCAGGAUAUAAUAACACAGCAAAUCAGGAUCACACAGCAAGCACACCUGACAUGCCAACGGUUCAUGCACCAAAGCUGAACAGCUCAACUGAUGCUGAUCUUCAACUUCCUUCCGAGUUAAUUUCAUCGUGUGUGUCUACACUUCUCAUGAUACAGAGUUGUACAGAGAGACAGUACCCACCCGCUGAGAUUGCCCAGAUUCUUGAUUCUGCAGUAACCAGUUUGCAACCACAUUCUCCUCAUAAUCUUCCAAUUUACAGGGAGAUUGAGACAUGCAUGGUGAUCAUUAAAAACCAAAUGUUGGCUCUAAUACCAACCCCAAGCACCAUUGCUCCAGAAAUUACCACAGUAUAGAAGUUUGCUACCUGUGUGUGCAUACCUUUUUGGUGUAUUCCUGUCUGUAUUAUGAUAAAUAGCUACCCCAUCUCAAAAUGGGGUCUGUGCAACAUUCCACUCUGGUAUUUAAAGCAAAGCUCUUGCGUUCC